AUGUCGUCGGAAUCACCCAACAAAGACACUGCCGCAGAUGAAACAACAUACGGUGACACAACCGGUAAAGCUGGUACUGCACAACAUGGUGGAUCAGGUGGUGCUGGUGCUCCUAACAUUACCGGCACUCACGGAGCACCAUCAGGCGGUGGAACAACAACAACACACCCUACGGACAAUCCCAAUCAUGGUGCAAAAUCCGAACAUAGCGCUAGUUCGAAUAGUUAA